GAGCAUAUGCAUCUUUAUGCACGAGAAGCAACAACAAAUUACAUUCAUGUUAAAAACAAAAUAAAACAAUGCAAUAAGAAUUAAGUACGCGAUUAACGCUUCUCCAUUGGUCGCUUCAUUAAAUAUACAAUUGUGGCGUGGUUGCCGCGUACGUCAUUACGCACGACAUCAACGAGAAGUUGCCGUUGAAAUAAUCAGGUGAAGGGGAAUUUCCAGUUGUCCACCAUAGCCAUGUUAAACGAGAUUGGCUAUGCUUUUCCCGCUGGCGAUGAAAGUGAUGGGAGCAGCGACGAGUGGGAUAUUGGAUAUUCUGAUAAUAACAAAAAAUCGUGCGCUGAGUUUUCUGAAGCACCUCUGAAUGGAGAAGAUAAAGUAUCCACCUUGAAAAGAGCCAUAACUGCAGGGAAUGUCGAGCUGGUGCGUGAACUCUUCGACAGUGGUUUGGACGUGGAGACACGGCUUGGCUUUGGUUGGACUCCUCUCAUGUGCGCUGUCCAUGUGGCCCACUAUGAGCUCACAGAGCUGUUGCUGGAUCAUGGUGCAAGUGCAAACUUCAGCAGAGACCACUAUACAGUUCUGAUGGCUGCUUGCACAGCAGCGUCUGCCUCAGAAGAGAUGAUCUCCAGGUGUGUGGCUCUGCUGCUUAGUCGCAAUGCUGACCCCAAUGUCUGCAACAGGAGCAGUAUGACGUGUCUGAUGCUGGCAGCCAGAGACGGCUAUUGUCAGGUGAUUAAUUUGCUGGUUUCGCACGGAGCGGAACUGAACUUUCAGAAUGAUAAUGGACUUACGGCCCUUACAAUAGCAGUGCAGUAUGGACGUGAAGCAGCCGUGUUGAAACUGCUUCAACUAGGAGCAGAUAAGUACAUCAAAACCAAAACGGGGAAGACAGCAGCUGACAUGGCUAAAGUGUUCAACUACCCCGAGAUUUCCAGGAUCCUUCAUUCUACAGAGCUCUCUACUGUAAAUGGCAAUGCACACUCCAAAGCUGAGGCACUGUAUAAAUUUCUCAAUCAAAAUGCUGAUCCUUCCUCCUUCAAAGAGAGUUGCUCCAGACUGAGUGAUAUUGAACUUCUGUUGCAUGGUCUGAAUCUGGAUCAUCUCUCGGAGAUCAUGGUGAAAAAUGAUAUCACUUGGAGUGAUCUGUUAAUCAUGGAGAAGAAGGACUUGGAAAAGCUGUCUUUUUCUAAGAUCGGCGUAACUAAUCCUGAGGAUCAGAAGAAGAUUCUCAGCACCAUGGAGCAGAUGCAUCUUGAUAAAGUAGAUCUGGACACCCUGACGCCUCUUAAUAACAUAGACAGCGGGAGUGAAGAUUUCCUCAACUUUCUGAUCAGCCUGAAACAGCAGUGCUGUUACUUGACAGAAACCUUACAGGAUGUCAUCAGCAGGUUCCCACAUAGCCCCUCUGAGGUUGUUCUUACAUGUGAUCCCAAGAAAGAAGCUCAAGUCCUUUGUGCUGAACUAAUAACUCAGACAGGAGACCUCCAGAAAGAGAUUCUCUGUCUUAAGACCCUGCUCAGCAAGACGGCUCACACGGAGUACACCUUUCAGUUUCAUCAAGCAGGCUCCAAUAAUGGCCAGAGAGGAAAGACCCGCAGGAGAUUUGCUGCUGUGCUUGGACUUGGAAUGCUUGGAGCAGGGCUUCUAUUUGUGUUGUCACAUUCAAAAAAACUGAACUAUUUUUGAGAUGUAUUUCAGUGAUGUAUGUAUUUUAAGUUGUUGCCUAAGUAUUUUAUUAAUUUUAUGUUCUAGAUUUAUGUUAAGAAUAUGUUACAAUCACCCUUUGUGUGAUACUAUUCUAGACUGUUACUCAUCUGUUAAAUAUUUUUAUUUUAUUUUUUCAGUGCACUUCAUUAUAAAAGUUUUCCCAAACCACAAUGUUAUCCUUCUCUUUGCUUUAUGUGUAAUCACUGUUGUAAGCUUCUAUUGCAGUGGCGCCUGCCGGUCAAAGCUGGAUGGCUAGCACUUUGUGUUUUGAAAAUUUUGUUUUGAUUUAACUGGGUGGCCCAACAAGUAAAGUCACUGGCAGUCGCUGUCUGUGGUGCUGAAAUGUCAUUUCCGGGUGCAGGACCCCCUUACAACUAAUUUCAUGAUGAAAGCUAAUUACUUGAUCAGUCAUGUUCAGUUUAAUUGAAAAAUUGAUUGAUACAUAUUCACUUUUGUGCUUGAGAGGACAAUGAAAUACGGCAUGUGAGAGCCGUUUCCUGAAAGCCUUGUUCUGAGUAUGUUACAUAAGAUGUCUAUGAGCAGCAAAAAAUGGCUCCUCCAUUAUCUUUU